AUGUCCCUGGAUCCAUUCCCUAGUGCAAAUGAAGUCAUUCACGACCAUGCAAAAGAUCCAUAUCGAGAAACCCGGGUGUGUUAUCGAGGGAUCCUCACACCGUUUUCCACGUCCCACCUUCGAUUCAAACACGUGUCUUACAACGCGAUUCAAAACCGCUGUUUGUUCGCUGGACUCCUACCCCAAGAAUCAACCCAAGUAACGUGGAUCAUACCGCCGUACUUCGCGUAUAUGCCCGCCAAUGCAUUUCCUACCUGCUCCCCUCUCGACACCCGCGCCCUAAGCGCAGAGUACUUAGAGACGAACCCCUCAAACGCACUCCCGAUGCACAAAGAUCUCAUCCCGUUCUGGAACGACAACGCCUUCAGCGUCGAUAUUGAUGACGACUACCGCAUCAUCAUCUUCCGCGAGAUGGGAUCCGCACGGGGACUUCUUCCUGCCCACAUUCCUCCCCCUCCCUCACCCAACACUGAUUUCGAGAUGUUCCUCCGGUGCCACUUCCACAGCUCCAUUCAUGCGAACAUCCUCCACGGCGACGUCAGGGAGGAUUACACCAGCCAGGAAAUCAUACAGCUAAUGGGGGACCUCGGUGUGGGAGACGGAGACGAAGAGGGGAAUUUUGCCCCGAUGGAUGAUCCGCGGUGGCAGACGGUGCUGGGGAAGGCGAUUUGGGAGGAUGUGAUGAGGGUUACGAUGUCUGCUGCGGGGGGUGGGUAUGAUAGUACGGAGGAGGAGGAUGGGUAG